UGUCGUAGCCCUGCAGUACAAAACCACUCCGCAGUAUUCAGCAUCUCAAGCUCGUCAGUUGUAAAUUGGAAACAAAAGCGAAAACAUGUGGUUGAAAGUGGUACCCAUCUUAAGCUGGUUUUGGAUAGUGGACUGUGCUACACAGAUCGGCUUCUUCACACCGCAAUAUGCCAUUUUGGACCCUUCAACAGGCCGAACGAUUCGGCAGAAGAUCAGCAGGGAUCAGAUACAACAAUAUCGAGAAUUGGCCAUUUCUCAACGAGAAGGCAGAAACCUGAGACCGGAACGAGAAAUCAGCUCCCAUUACUUGUCUCCCCUUGGAGAUGUUGUUAACGAGAAGGAAGCUACCAAGCGAUUCCAGAAACGCCAACGUGAUAAGAAACAGCGCUACCAGUUGCCGCUUAGUCCGCACAAACCCAAUCCGACCUAUUUUCACGAAGGUAUCGGUGACCACGACUCUGGUCUUCUUACCAACUCUAUCCAUCAAGAUCCUGAAAGUUACUCUCCCGCAUCUACCCCCACUUUCUUGAGGAACACAAAUGUGCCCAACAUAUUUGACAGUCUGAAAAGUACCGCCUUCUCGGACUUCGGAUCCGGCUUUUUCCCUUACGCGGAACUCUCUGCUGACUCCGUCCCAACCUCUCCACGGGUUGAACGAAAUCCCUUACCUGUUGAAGAGUAUACUUUUGUAGAGGCCCCGACACUUUCAUCUUAUCAGACCCAAAACAAUGAAAAUCAAUUCAAUGGUAACCAACCUGCCUACAAAUGGAGACAAAGGUAUCCCAUCUAUGGUCGCCGAAAAAGGAGUGCCCAGUCUGACAUCUUUGAUGAUUUGUCCGAUGCUGGUCGCCCACAGACCAGGAGACAAACAUCUUGGGUUCUCUUGGACCCGCUCACUGGGCGCCCUCGCAAUAACCCUUACAAGGCUGAGCCCACAUCCUUCCAAGAUGAGUCCUUCUUGAGCCAACCCAGCCAACGAGUCACUCGAUUCCAACCUUCACCCUUGCUUGACGAAGACGUCGAUAGCUUCCCCCAGAACGACUCUCGGGAAUCCGGCAGAUAUAACCGCCAGGGGGCGCCUAUCUACAGAUAUUACAAAAAAUACCCAUAUUCGGGUUGAUCGUGCCAACACUUGGCAAUCCACAAUCCAAAACAUAUUUAUUUACUAUUUAUCUGACUUGUUUCAAUGAUAUUUUUUAAUGAAUAAA